AUGGCUAAAAGAAAUCGAGAGGAAGCAGCUGAUGCUGUGGAUCUCGGUGAUGUCACUCCGAAGAAAUUGAAGAAGGACAAAAAAGAGAAAAAGUCCAAAGCCGCCGAUGAAAAUGGCACCGGACUUUCAAAAGAGGAGCGAAAAGCUCUCCGACGUGCAAAGAAACUCGAGGCACAGACCGAGACUGCAGACGAUGCUCCUGCCCCCGAAGAUUCGAACACAGCAGAUGUCGACGAGCUCGCCGCCAAAGCUGAGAGAAAAGCUCGCAGAAAAGCCGAAAAGGCUGCAAAGCGAGCCGCCGAAGCUGCGCAGAACGGCGAUGACACAUCUAAAGCGACCAAUGAUCAAUCGUCGACAUCAUCGACAAGUACAGCGACGGUUGUAAGCACCAAAGAGGCGGAGGAUUUCUACAAGGAAAAGCAAAUCGUGGUGGAAGACCCUGCGAAAGACGACCUUCGUCCGAUCUUGUCGUUCGACAACCUUUCUCUCGACAAGGCAACAAAGACAGCAUACUUUUCAGGCUUCGCAGCGCCCACUCCGAUCCAGGCUGCGACUUGGCCGUACCUCAUGAAAGGCCGCGACCUGAUCGGUGUCGCGGAAACCGGUUCGGGCAAAACUUAUGCUUUUGGACUACCCUGUAUCGAUCGCUUGGACCCGAAAAGCAAGCACAUCCAGGUAUGCAUUGUGAGUCCCACGAGAGAACUGGCGCUCCAAAUUCAAGAGCAGAUGGUCAAACUUGGGACACCUCGGGGAUACAAGGCAACUUGUGUCUAUGGAGGUGUCAACAAGGACGAACAAAGAGGUCAGCUCAGGGGUACCGCGAUUCUCGUUGCGACGCCUGGAAGAUUGAAUGACUUCCUCGGCGACGGCUCAAUCGAUUUGUCCCACGCGAAGUACCUGGUGCUCGACGAGGCAGAUCGCAUGCUCGACAAGGGUUUCGAGCAGGAUGUCCGCAAAAUCAUCACAUCCGCCGCUGCCGGACCAGACCGACAAACCGUCAUGUUCACCGCAACAUGGCCACCUUCGGUCCGCGAACUAGCCUCGGAAUUCCUCCGACAGCCCGUGCGAAUCACCAUCGGCGACAACCAAUCCGGUGAACUCCGCGCCAAUAUCCGCAUCAAGCAAGAAGUCGAAGUCGUGGACGAAUUCGCCAAGCAAGGCCGUCUCCUCGAACUCCUCAAGCAAUACCAAUCCGGCAAGAACAAAACCGACCGCAUCCUCGUCUUCUGCCUCUACAAAAAAGAAGCCACCCGCAUCGAGGAAUUCAUCCGCCGGAACCGCUUCCCCGUCUCGGGGAUCCACGGCGAUCUCAGCCAACAGAAACGCAUGGAGAGUCUCGAGGCGUUCAAAACCGGCCAGGUCCCGCUGCUCGUCGCGACGGACGUCGCCGCGCGGGGCCUCGACAUUCCUGCCGUGAAACUCGUCAUCAACGUAACUUUCCCCUUGACGGUGGAGGACUACGUUCACCGCAUUGGCCGAACUGGUCGUGCAGGUCAGUCCGGUCAUGCUAUCACGCUUUUCACGCAGAAUGAGAAGGGACUCGCGGGUGCGUUGAUGAAUGUCCUCAAGGGAGCGGGACAGCCGAUUCCCGACGAACUGAUGAAGUUUGGCUCGACGGUGAAGAAGAAGGGCCAUGAUGCGUAUGGCGCGUUCUACAAGGAUGUCGAUCCGUCGACGAUGAAGAAGGCGACGAAGAUCACAUUUGAUUAA